AUGUAUGAAGCGCGUAAAGACACCAAGACCUUCGUCAAGAGCGAGUUCUACGAAGGGGGCAACUUUGCUGCUGAGGCAACUUCAAUCGUCAGCGAGCGCAGCCCGCAAGCUCAUGCAGAAAUGCGUCGCUAUCUCGCCAGUGCCUUUUCGGACCGGUCUUUGAAAGCUCAGGAACCAUUGAUCGCAGCCGUUGUGGAUGAAUUCAUUGAACAAAUUGGUAUCAAAGGCAAAGACGGGCUGGAUCUCGUACUUUGGUUCAAUUUAACCACUUUUGAUAUUAUUGGGAGCCUAGCGUUCGGCCAGGACUUUGGUGGUGUCAAGUCUGGAACACAUCAUUUCUGGGUUUCAAUUGUGGUGAAAAGUCUGGGUCUUGGAGCACUAGCAGACUGUUUCAAGAGAUUUCCCUGGGCUGCCAAGUGCUUCCUCGCUCUUUUCCCUGGCCUACUCAAGAAGCUCGCGCACGAUACCCGACGGCAUGAGGCUUACACAAUGGAUUUGGUGAAGAAACGCAUCGCUAACCCGACUGGCCGCACGGAUUUCCUGACGAAGAUACUCGAGAGCAGAAAGGAGGCCAAUAUUCCAGAUAUACAACUCGCGGCGCAUUCAUCUGAUUUUGUUAUCGCGGGAAGUGAGACCACAGCAACUGCACUUUCAAGUGCAACAUACUAUCUUCUUCACCAUCCAGCGGCUCUUCGUCGGCUCCAGGAUGAAGUUCGAGGGGCUUUUCAAAAAUAUGAGGAGAUUAGUGCGGCUUCAACGGCUAGCCUGAGCUAUCUAAAGGCUGUCGUUCUCGAAGCGAUGCGAAUGUACCCUCCCUUGCCGUUCUCUUUGCCCAGAGUGGUACCUGAUGGGGGUGCCACGGUAGAUGGGUACUUUUUGCCAGAGGGAACAAUCGUUUCAACGAGCCCCUUUGCAGCUUGUAUGAGCUCGCAGAACUUCGAGGAUCCACGGGAGUUCCGACCUGAGCGAUGGAUCGGGAAGAAUCUGAUCGAUAAUCUCGACGCUAGUCAGCCUUUCUCCCUAGGUACACGGGGGUGCAUGGGUCGCAGUCUCGGCUGGAUUGAAUUGCAAACCAUCAUGGCAAAGCUACAUUUUAAGUAUGACCUGACCUUGCUGAACGAUACAAUGGAUUGGCAGAAAGACUCUCGAAUGUAUACACUUUGGGAGAAGCCGUCAUUGAUGGUCAAAGUGAUACCUCGUGAAUAG